AAACUUUCCAUUGGUGGCUCUUUGUUCAACUUCAUCGGCGCCUAGCUCCCAUUGUGUACCUCAUUCAAGAGUGUCUGACCUUUUGUCUGCAAUUGUUACACGUGUCGUCAACGAUCAGCAAACCUACGACUCCAUCUCGUUAACACGGAAAGCAAACUCCCAAUCCGACAAGUACCUCCAGCGAUAAUACCCGCGAUGCACACCGUAUACCUCGCCGCUCUGGCACUCGCCAGCCGCGCUCUCGCCCACGGCGGCGGCGACCAUAGUCAGAAACCCAUAGUCGAUGAAAAUGCCGAUUGGAUGACGAAGCACAUGGCCGAGGAGCACCACAUGGAAGGCUGGGACUCGGCCUCCUUCUUCACCCUGCACGACUACAACAGCGACGGCGUCUGGCAAGGCGACGAGAUCCUCCGCACAUACGGCCUCUUUGACGAGACGAAUCACCACGUUUCCGAGGAGAAGCGCUUCGACAUCCUCCACGACCUCAUGGAGCUGCUCGAUACGAACCACGACGGCAACGUCAACCGCUCCGAGUGGGACGCCUUCAUCGCCAGCGGCAAGACGCUGCCCGACGUCGGCAUGGGUCCGGGACACCACGGCGACGACGAGUAUGAGUACGAGAUUCACCACUGGGAGAAGUACCAUGACGAAAACACCAAGCUCGAAGACCUGACGCACCCCGAAGAUAUCGAACAUUUCAAAAAGCAUGAGGCGAUGGAGGACGCGCAGGACAGGCAAGAGCAGCUCGACCACAUGGCCGUCGUGGAGGAGAACAUUCCGCAGAAGUUCCGUCGGUCAUAGCCGCUUCGGAUCCUUCUGGGCCGGGGUCGGGGUUGAUGAAUACCUAAGGCAGGACAGGAUAUGACGACGUCGACGAGAAAGAGAG